GGGAAAUAGCAGCAGCCACAACACACCAGCCACGCAGCGAAAAUGCUGAAGAAAAACCCUCUCUGAGAAGUCAACAGUCGCCGAGGCUCCAGGUGUCAUGUUUUCCCGCAGGUGGAGGUUCGGUUGGGACAGGUACAGUGAGGUGGACCUCUUCGCGGACCGCAGUGAGACCAAUGCAGAGACCCUCUCCCAGGCUAUCAGAGCCGCAGCAUCUGAGGAGCCGGACGCAGAUGGCAGCGUGCUGUUUGGCCAUAUGCAGGGCACUGUGGUUGGCCUCAGAUAUUACACAGGAGUGGUGAAUCAAGGAGAAAUGGUUGUUUUAGUGCGACAGCCCCAGAAUCCAUAUGACCGCAAUGCAGUAAUGGUUGCCAACAUUUAUGGCAAUCAAGUGGGUCAUAUCAAACGGGAGCUGGCAGCAGCUAUGGCCCACAUCAUGGACAACAAUUUGGCUAAAGUAGAGGGGGUGGUACACUCAGGGACGAGAAACCACUUCAACAUGCCAGUGAUGCUGUCCUUCUGGGGCAAAGAAGAGAAGAAAAAGGCUGUGAUUGAACGCAUGGCACGUCACGGAUAUAAACUGAACCCAGGUGGAAUCAGCGCAACAGGUUCAUAUCAGAGUUCAUAUAGCAAGGUGCAGGUGCAUUACCAUCUAAAAAAGGGAGUGACCAUCCCACUAACUGCACAGGAGCUGAAGAAUGCAUUUGACCACCUCUUCGAUGACUUGAUGGCAAGUAAAGACGGAGAGAAAGAAGCGGCAGAGUCUGUGGGUACUCCUCUCCUGCCUCACCAGAAGCAGGCACUGUCCCUGGAUGUGUGCUCGAGAGAAAACAAAUCUGCACUGCCACCCUUUUGGGAGAAGAGAGGCGAGCUCUACUAUAACAGCCUCACGUGCUUCUCUGCCAAAGAAAAAACCAGAGAGAGAGGAGCAGUCAUCAAAAGUCAAAUCAUCACCUUUCAAAGCCAAAAACUAAACCAGAGAAAGCCUCCAAACUGGAAGAUAAGAGCAAGGAAAAAGAAGAAAGCCACCAAGCGAAAGCCCAGUAAAGAGGCCCCAGUAUUGCUGGAUGAUCUUGACUUUGCUGCUGCACUGAGUGGCUUUCCAUCAGAUUCAGGCUUCAAGAAGAAGAAAACUGCCAAGACGGCUGCUUCUACACUGAGUGUGGAAUCCGCCAUUCCUGAAAGUGCAGAUGACUUAUCAGCUCGAACGACUCUCAUCAUCUGCCCGCUCUCUGUGAUCAGCAACUGGCUGGAUCAGUUUGAGCAGCAUGUGCGUGCUGACGUGAAGCUUAAUGUAUAUCUGUAUUACGGCUCAGAACGCAACAGAAACAAGAAGUUUCUGUCCUCUCAGGAUGUGGUGAUCACAACCUAUAAUGUCCUCUCCGCUGACUUUGGGAAUAAGAGUCCCCUACAUGGGAUCAGUUGGCUGAGGGUUGUGCUGGAUGAAGGACACAUCGUAAGAAACCCUAAUGCACAGAUGAGUAAGGCUGUGCUCGACCUAAAAGCUCAGCGGCACUGGAUUUUGUCAGGUACCCCUAUCCAGAACAGUGUGAAGGACCUUUGGAUGCUGCUGGCCUUCCUGCGUCUGAAGCCCUUCGAUGUGAGAGAGUGGUGGAACAGUAUCCAGAGACCCGUCACUCAGGGAGACAGGGCCGGCCUGCAGAACCUCCAGACCCUGGUGAAGUGCAUCACCCUUCGGCGGACCAAGAACAGUGAGGUUAACGGACGCCCUGUGGUGUCUCUGCCUGAGAAGACUGUGUGUGUGGAGCAGGUCGAGCUGAGCCAGUCAGAGAGAGAAGAGUACGAGCUGGCACGCAAAGAGGGAAGAAACACCAUCGGCAGAUAUGUUGCUGAGGGGACAAUCUUGAGGAAUUAUGCUGAUGUGUUGGCCAUCCUCAUGAGGCUUCGACAGCACUGCUGCCACUCUGAUCUACUCGCCAAAACAUCCUCAGAUUUGGUUGCUGAAGCAACACCUGCAGAGCUGCGGGAGCGUCUAAUAGAGAAGCUGCGGUUGGUGUUGGCCAGCGGCUCUGAUGAAGAGUGUUCUGUGUGUCUGGACUCAGUGCGUCUGCCCGUCAUUACACACUGUGCACACGUGUACUGCCGGCCCUGCAUCGCCCAGGUUAUCAGCACUCAGCAGGAAACAGCCCGCUGUCCGUUGUGUCGGACUGAGAUCAAGACCAGUGAACUGGUGGAGUUUCCACAGGAGGAAUUGGAGGAAGAUAGCAAUACAAACUCUGAUCAGUGGAGGACCAGCUCAAAGGUGCAGGCACUGAUGGGAAACCUGCUCAGGCUGCGAUGUGAAGACAGCAGCAUUAAGUGUUUGGUUGUCUCUCAGUUUACACGCUUCCUCACCAUACUGCAGACUCCACUCAGAGAGCAUGGUUUCAGUUUUGUGCGUUUGGACGGCACCAUGACUCAAAAGAAGAGGACUCAGGUCAUCCAGGAGUUUCAGAGCGCUGCAGCUGACAGCCCUGUCAUCAUGCUGCUGUCACUCAAAGCUGGAGGGGUGGGGCUUAACUUGACGGCUGCCUCGCAUGUUUUCCUCAUGGACCCUGCGUGGAAUCCUGCUACUGAGGAGCAGUGCAUUGACCGCUGCCACCGCCUCGGACAGACUCGGAAAGUCUUCGUCACUAAGUUCAUCGUAAAAAACUCGGUGGAGGAGAACAUGGUGAAGAUCCAGCGGCAGAAGCAGGACCUGGUGGAGAAAGCUUUUGGCUCCUCAAACACUGACGUGAAAGCAUCUCGCAUCAAUGACAUCAAAGCUCUGAUGGAGCUGUAGAUGUCUGACGAUGGGCCUGAACUGACGCAUUAACACGAGAACAACAAAAACAUUGGACACAAGUCAACAGUUGACUGUGUUCUUUGUGGGGUCAGACAGUUAAAAUUAUGUUUAAGAAAUUUCAUAUUUGAAGGGCGGCAGAUUUUUGCCACAUUGUCAGUUUCGUGUUCAUAUUUUGAAAAGUUACAUUUUUUAUAGUAAAUCAUGAUGUUCCAAAUAAUGUUUUAUUUCUACUUCUGUUUAAUUGUUAACAUUGGGACAACGAUUCAUUUACUUGGCAAGUUUAUAUUUUUUGUUCAGAUGUGUGUUAGAUUUGUUGUCUUUGUCAAAGCUCUGCUAAUACAUAGAGGUGCCUGAUCAGUCAAACAUUGGGACAAAGACUGCGUAGAAAUACUCAAGUUGUCACUAAGCAAAAUAUAACAGUUGUGACGAUUCAGAUCCUGUGUUGUUUUUGUUGCUAUCUCUGUAUUCAAUAAAUGCAGACUACUGAUAUUGUA